AUGAGAAGGAAGAAACUCCAGACGCUGAUGGUGAUAGUAAACUUGGGACUGUUAGCUUCUGCAACUUCUACUAGCGGAUUAGUCAACAAGAUGGUUGGCCGGAUUGGUGACACGCCCAUCAUUGGUGCAUGGACAUAUGCCAACAAUCUCUGCGAAGUUUCUGCUACGGCCAAAGCCGAAGCAAUUAUUCGUGGCACGGUUGCAAGGGAUGUGGCAGCUCUUAUGGAGUUCAAAGGUGUUUCUCUCAUAGAAGCACCAGAUUAUGUCGCGGUCGUGGAGGAGGGUGCUCCAAAAGGAAAUGUAGGGCUGGUUGCUGUGUCUGCCGUAGGUGAAGUCACCAUAUAUGCCUUUCAAUACCACCGGUAUGUUUCGAGCUUGCGCCACUGA